AUGAAUCUCAAUGCAACAAAGUUCCUUUGGCCAGCCAAAGUCAACCUCAUUAAAUGGGUCCUACACACUCAUGAGAUGGCUUUUUUGUGGGAUGAAGUCAAAAUCAGGUGGUUUCACAGCAACUACUUUAACCUGGUUGUUUUCCCAACCAUAGAGCAUACCCCAUGGCAGCAUAAAAAUAUACUGCUUGCUCCGGCUCUAUUAGACCAAGUCAUUCAAACCAUCUGCAAGAAGAUCCAGGCUGGUGUGUUGAUCCAACCCAAAAGGGGUCCGAAAUAUCAGGAGUCCAAAUAA